AAGCUUGAAUCCUCAUCACCACAUCUUGGUGGCGUCUUGCUGUCCGAGCCUCAUUCACUUCUCAAUUCGCCUCGUCCUGCACAGCUCAACCAAGUCCAAGGAUGUCGGCACUGCUCCGUUUCGCACUGCUGCUACUCACGGUGGCGUUGUCGCCCUCGCUGACACAAGCUACCAAUAAAUACCCAAUCAUCCUGGUCAACGGGUUCUCGGGUUGGGGUCGUGACGAGCUAUUGGGCUUCCGGUACUGGGGAGGAAUCCAGGGUGACUUCCAGAAUGAACUCACGGCUCAAGGGUACACGGUCUACACUGCUGCGGUUGGCCCGUUCGCCAGCAACUGGGAUCGUGCCUGUGAGCUCUACGCUAUUAUCAAAGGCGGGCAAGUAGACUACGGCCUGAAACACUCGGCAACGCAUAACCAUCUCCGCUACGGACGUAACUACACGGGGUUGUAUCCUCAAUGGGGUACGACCAACUCGGACGGCUCCAUCAAUAAGGUCCACCUCAUAGGGCACAGUAUGGGCGGCCAGACUGUCCGAAUGCUUGCACAAUUGCUAGCGCACGGUACGACCGGCGCUCCAAUCCAGGAAGACCCGUCGUCUCAUGCUCUGUUUAAAGGAGGAAAGAACUGGGUACACUCCAUCACGACCAUUUCGACACCCAACCAGGGCACCACCUUGGGCGACGGCUUCUCUACUAUCGGAGACUCUGUCAAAGAUCUACUAGCUGGUGUAUUAAGUGUCGUGGGCAUCCUCGGAGACAGCACCAAGAUGGUAUAUGACGCUAAGCUGGACCAGUGGGGCAUCACACCCAAACAAUCCGGUGAGUCGGUUCAAACGUAUCUUGACCGCGUAUUCUCCAGUAGGAUCUUUGAUCCGAGUUUCAAAGACGUUUGUCUAUGGAGUUUAUCCACUGGUGGUGCCAAGGAGGAGGCGACGUGGGUGAAGACACUUAGUGAUGUGUACUACUAUAGCUACGCCACAGUCGACACGUUCAACACGCGGGACCUACUGCUACGCAAGAUUUCGAUGCCUAAUCUCUUGACUAUGCUACUUCCGUUGGACCCACUCGCUGUCUUCAUUGGAGGACGGUAUGCACCUGAUAAACUCAAGCUCUCCACCGACUGGCAGCCUAACGACGGCGUUGUCCCUACGUUCUCUAUGGGAUCCGACGGAGUGGGGGCCGCCGUGACGUUCGCAGGAGCGUCUCAGCUCGGUAAAUGGAACAAGAUGCCGCAGUUGAAUCGACUGGAUCAUCUCGCUGUUGUGGGUAUUACGCUGCACACGCAGGUGCUGGAUUUAUACGAGGGUCAUGCGGCUCUUCUGUAUGCUCUACCUGCUAGUUCGAGCUCUCGUCGACUGGCAGACUCUCCUGUUGCAGUAGCGAAACUAGAUACCGCUAUUGUGGAGUUGACAGCAGCUACGACGAGUGUAGAGACCAAGAGUGAUCUGGAGGCGCUGUGCCAAAGUCCUAAGAACUCGUACGCACAGAGCUACUGCACUAAAAUGCUCGAGGCCGCACCCACGCGUCGUCUACGAGGAUAGGAGGCAGUGUCACGGCGCUGGAGUACUGCAAAUUUUGCAUUGUAGUGUGCAUGAAACAAACAAAUUGAACAAACGUGGUAUUGACUUGGAUCAUGAUCAUGUUGAAGAUGCCACGGAUGCCACAAAAUAAUGGUUUGGAUCUCUGGUCCAGAGUCUGGAACAUAUAAGUUGAAGCAGGAGGAGGAGUCAGACCAGUAUUCAGAGCUACAUGUAGCUUGAAAAAGGAGUCAGUACAUGCAGUGAGGUUAGCGCUGUUUGCGAUGUGAGCAAAGCUAACCAAGAAGGACGAGUUCAUGUUUGUUUUUGCUUCUAGGUGAAGUUUUGUCAAAAGGCUAAAUGCAAGUAUGUAUUAGCUCGCAAUUUGAAGUGGAUGGUGAUCA